GGCUGUCGCGGCUGCUGCUGGCGGCGCGGGGGUGGGGGCGCCUGGGCGCCAUGGCCCGCUACGGCACGGAGCAGCGGGGCCGGCCCAACUCGCCCGAUUACCGCCUCUACUUUAAGAAUGCAGAUGGUAAAUAUAUUUCCCCAUUUCAUGACAUUCCACUGUUUGCUGCAUCUAAAGAGGAUAAAGAAAUUCCUGCAAAGAGGGCAAAGACUACUGGAUCUGAGGUCCUGUAUAAUAUGAUUGUAGAAGUACCUCGUUGGACUAAUGCAAAAAUGGAGAUUGCCACUGAGGAGCCGUUGAAUCCCAUUAAACAAGAUAUAAAGAAAGGGAAGCUUCGAUAUGUGGCAAAUAUCUUUCCUCACAAGGGUUAUAUAUGGAAUUAUGGUGCCCUCCCACAGACCUGGGAAGAUCCAAACCAUAAGGAUAACAUUACAGGAUGUUGUGGGGAUAACGAUCCUAUUGACGUUUGUGAAAUAGGUUCAAAGGUUCGUUCUUCUGGUGAGAUUGUUCAGGUGAAGGUUUUGGGUGUUUUAGCUCUUGUUGAUGAAGGGGAGACAGAUUGGAAGAUAAUUGCUAUCAGUGUGGAUGACCCAGAAGCUCAUAAAAUCCAUGAUAUCGAUGAUGUCAAGAAGCACAAACCAGGUUACCUUGAGGCUACAGUUGACUGGUUCCGAUUGUAUAAAGUCCCUGAUGAUAAACCGGAAAAUCAUUUUGCUUUUAAUGGAGAAUUUAAAGACAAGGAUUUUGCUGCUGAAAUUAUUAAAUCCACCCAUGAACACUGGAAAGCUUUGCUUCAUAAAAAAUCUGAUGGAGGUACUAUUAACUGCACAAAUGUUCUGGUGAGUGGCAGCCCAUUUUGUUGCAGUGAGGAGGAUGCCCGGUCAAUUGUUCAGUCGGUGGGGGGAGGAAGUUUAUAAAACCAGUUCAUAAAAUAGGUACUUUAUAUCAAACAUAUUACCUUUUUUAUUAUGACAUCUUGCCUUCUUAUCAAAAAAUAUGAAUUCCUGGCUUUUUUGUGCCUCGCAUUUUUUUCUUUAAUUGAUAAUAUUUCUGUGAAGUUGUCUCCACAUACUCCAUUGCAUGGUUCUGUUUCAGUUCAGUCUAAGUCUUUAAUUAUGUCUUUGUAGGGUGCUGUCUCUUGGUACUUUCCAGACUGGGAAAAUAUGCAAUACUCUAUUAAAUAUGCUCAUGCUGCAUGCAAUUGCCAAUCUAUGAUAACUAAAAAAAUUAAAAUGGCCUUGAAAUAGGAAUAAGGGAACAGUUGAAUUCUAAAUAUAAGUAGGGAAGCUGACUUGCACAUUUUAAGCAGGUAUCUUUUUGUCUAGUACACUACACUGCAUGCUUUGGUUGUCAGACAUUCAUCUCUUUCACACUGAAGGGAAAGUACGUGAGUGUUGGCUGCAGAAUUUUAAUGGCUAUGGUGAUUUUUAAAUGAAAGCUGCCUGUGUUUAUCUGCAUGGAGGUUUGUUUGGGGUUUUUGUUGGGUUUUUUAUAUUAAGUAAAAGAGAUACAUUUUCUUCUAGUUUAUAUCCGUCUGUUAACUCCUGGAUAAAAACAAAAUAUGAAAGCUGAGAAAGAGAUUUUGUAUGCAAGUACAGUGAGAAACAUCUCAGCUACUGCAAAAUUUCUGAGCUAUUUGUGCAGUGAGAACUGGUUCCCUACAAUUCUGUUCCCAGGAUCAGACUCCAAUUGUGGCAUUUUGGGUGGGUGCUAAUUGCCUUAAAUCAGAUAUAUUUUCUCAAAAAAAACACCCCAAAACAAACAAAACCCAAAAGAAGACACCAAAACCCAAAAGGCAACACUCAGUAUUGUUAUGGAGCUGUUUUCAUGGCAAGCAGGAGAACUGUAACUAAAAACCAAAUGGAAAACAUUCAGAUCCUUAUCAAAUGUUUGCCAAAUUGUGCACUAAUCAGAAUUUCAUAUAGAUUUUCACUGGGUAAUUCCCAAGUUAAUACAGUUGAUUUCAGAAUUGUUUGACCUUUCAGUAUUUUACUGAUGGGGAUUGGAAUGGCUUGUCUGCAUUGGGGAAUUUCCACUCCGUUGAGUUAGUUUCCAGUACGUGUACUGCCAUCCAUAUUGGUGGCAAACUAGGAAUGAUUCCACAGCAGGUAAAGUUGCCACGUUCAAUCAAUCCCAAAGAGACAGAAGGUAAUCUACGUGUAUAAGCACGUACACUGUUCACUUGAACCAGCCAAAAAUGCACCAGACCCCUGCAACGACAAACCUCGCUGAAUUUUAGCACUACAUGGUGAAAAUUUCUAGUGCUCUCCGGCCUCUGAAAGUUGUUUCAUCUCCUUCUCAGCUUCACAGUCAGUAUAUGUUGAAAAAUAAACCAGGAGGAAUAGAACUUUGUAGAUGAACCUGUUAGUUCUAAGAUAUACUGUUUAUUUGAGGCUUUUAAGUGUUGCCAUCUGUAAAACUGACCAGGACCGCCAAACCUUUGUUUAACAUUAAUCCUAAGAACUGCUUGCUCUCUGAAGAAGCUGUUGAGGACUUUGCAAGUUGGAAAAUCUCCAAGACAAUCUAUAUAUAGUUAGUAGAGCAGUGUUUCUCAGACAUGUCACAUAAUUAUUCUCUUAUAAUAAUGGAAAGUGAGCUAGGAAAGCUUUGCUAGAUGAUGUCUCUUUUGAUAAAAUGCAGAACAGUGUUUUGCAGGGGAAAAUAUUUGACUUUUUUCUGGUAAUUUAAAAAAAAUGUAUAAACAAAUUUGAAUCUGUAUGUUUACUGAUGUGUUUUGAAUAAUUCAGAUCUAAUCAGGAAAGUCUUUUAAUUGCCUUUCUCCCUACAUGCUUUUUGUGAGGACAUUUCCAUUUGGGACUUACUAGAGGCAGAAUUUUCUGUACAGUUUUCAGUUGUGAAACUAAAGAUUGGUGGGUUUUUUUUAGUCUGGGGUUUAUUUUUUAAUAAUUUUUUUGUUUUUUAAAUGGUGUUCCAGUUGAAAGUGUUGUGUAGUGAAGAGACUCCUGGUUCCAUGGGAUGAGGUUUAGAUCUGAUCCUGGGGGAAAUGUGCCAAGUCCUUGUCUCAAACCUUUUGAGCAAUUAUCCCAGAAGUGGCAGGCGCCUGCUUAUACAUGGUGACCACUGGUUCUCCCUGCCUCAUGAGAUAAAGCUUGGGUUUUACUGGAAAGAGAGGGGAUAGUCUGGUGAUGUCACCUGGAAGACCUGAGUUACGUUUGUCAUAGUGGUGCAUCCUUUCACACCAGUCACAUAAUCCCCCCAUGCAGGUGAAGUGACUUCCUGAGUGAAGUGGGAAGAAGACUCUCUUUCCUCCUCAGAGGCUUCAACCUUCUCCUCAGUGUGUAGAGCCUUGUGCCUGCUCAGGGAAUGUCACACCAGUGCAGCUCAGUCCAAGUGCUGUGGUGUGCUAAGGAAGGGCAGUGGAGGCUGGUUGCAUCCUCAUCAUAAGGCUGAUUGCUUCCAGACAGUGUUAAAACUGGCUUUAAUUUUGUCCUUUAGGUUACAGGACAAGACAUGCUGUGUAAUACUGUGGUUGAAUGGUGGCAUAUCCAGCUUUGAAAUGUCAGACCUAAAUUUUAAAACAAAUUGUCACUUUCUGCAGAACUGAAUCCUACUCUGUCAAAGUGUGAUUGUAAAGGAGUAUCACCAUACAUUUAUUUUAAAUUGUUUUCAAAUGUGUAAUGUAAAUUUUGUGUGUAUGUGUGUGUUCACAUGCAUAUCUUAUAGUGGAACGUGAUAAAUGGAAAGGCACUUUUACCCUUUUUUAUGUAAAAAACAAAUCCUCUUAUCCUCAGUGAUGAUAGAGUAGGAAAAUCCCCUUUAAGUUAGGUAAGGCGUUAAUCUAUCACUAAUUAUUUGUGUGCUUGUUUUGUCAUUUAUGAGCAACAAAGAAAUUUGUAGAGUGGGAGUGAGAAAUCUGUAAGGUGGAAUAUUGUCCUGUGGGAGCAACAGAAACUUCUUGUUUUGUUAAUACCUCUUGCCUUGAGCAGU